GCUGUGGCUGUCUUCUGUCUCGUGUCUGCUGUCAAUGUCAAUCUACUUUUGUUUUUCUCAUCUCUGAAUAUGCUGAAAAACUUAAAAAUUGAAAAGCUUUGUUAAAUAAGUGGUUCAUAUUUAAGCAUGGCGUAUAUUACUGGCCCCGAUGUGGUGAAAUACGCGUGCACGUGCGGUCUUUUGAAACCGAUCACCCAUCUGUAUUUUUGCCGAUACUGCACCCAAAUUCGGUGCAGUUUUUGCGUUUGCCACGAGAUCGAUUCUAAUUUUUGCGGAAAAUGCUCCGAGAACAUUCCUUCGUCCGAGGCCAGGCUCAAGAAAAACCGCUGCGGCAACUGCUAUGUCUGCCCUAGCUGUCAACAGGACCUGUCUACCAGAAUCGCUUCCAAGGGUUCUGCAAAUCCUGAAGAGGCAAAAUCCACACCAAAGAAAAUGUAUUAUUUGCUAUGCCAGUUUUGCAGAUGGAGCUCUAGGGAUGUCGGUAUACCUGAUCAGUCCACCGUGACAGGUGGUUGGCCCAAGAGAGAAAAUGUACAUGCUAAUAGAUUGCAGGAGCUGGUAGAUAGCUAUAAAGCUAUCAUCCUAGCGUCAAAGAAGCACCAACAGGAUAAGGAGAAGAAGAAAAGAGUGAAGUGCCUGAGUUACACUGACAGAACUGGAGUCACAGCUGCAGCUAUCCGAAAACGUUUAGGCUUACCUGCUGAUAUGACACACCCAAUGUUGAAGAAUAGACCUAAGAACCCAGAACCUGCCAAAGCUAAAUCAGAAGUUGAAGAUCUGCCAGAUAGCAUUUUCACGGAACCAUUGAAUUUGGCGGAAAUCAUGUCGAUAGAACAGCGUUUGUUACAACCAGAACAACAGCCUACAACAGUUGAUAAAUUAUUUCCUGUUCAUAAGCAGCUGUCUAUCAAGAGAUCACUUCGAUGCAGAUCCUGCGAGCAUAACGUCAGCAAGCCGGAAUACAAUCCGAACUCGGUGAAAUUCAAAAUCCAACUGUUCGCGUACUACAUAAUCCCCGAGAUACGAAUCGUGACGGUCGAACCUCUGAGGAGCGGCAAAACGUCUGAAUUGAUCGUUAAAUUCACGAAUCCCACUCAACAUCAGACCACAAUCACGUUUUUCGAGCUGGAUCUCGAUGAAGUCGAGUCGGUCGUAACUGAAGAAGUGGCCGAGGUUGCCGAAAGCUUCGAGCAAAGCCUGUACCUACAAGAGAAACAACAGUUAUCUCUACCGUCUCUCGGCUCGUUGAGUCAACCGAGCAGUCUGUUGGCUUCGAGAACGCCUUCGAUCACCGUAAAGCCGAGGCGGAUAAAGGAAGAUCUGAAUUGCAAAAUCGGAAUACCGGAAAGUAGCUUCAUCUUGCUGCCGAGAGAUGACGCUGCCGAGUACGACGAUUCAGGGGAUUCCCAUAACAUCCAAGACGAUCCCAAGUUGGUCAAGUGGCGGAAAUCGAACAAGGCUUUUAUCAGAUUGUACGUUACGCCAAAUGAGGAUCUGCCCUUGAACUCUGAGGUAACCUGUGGAUUUGUCAUGCAACAUAUUUAUACAAACACGAUAACUUCGAAAGUUGAGAACAAGGAACCGCAACAAUAUAAUCACAAAGUGAAAGUGUUCCUUACUCUGGGUAAUUCUGUAGGUUGUGACUAAUUCGCACUAUUUUUCAUAUGCUAUUAUCGUAUGUUUAUCUAUUUAAUAGUUACUCUUUGUUUUAACAUAAACAUAAUAUAAAGUAAGCAUCAUAUAAUUAUUUUGUACUCUGUAUUGUUGCACUAAAAAACUAUAAUAAAAGGAAUUUUGCAUCGUA